GGUAUUUGCCCAAACAAUCUCCCCUCUUCCUUCCCCCAAACCUCUGCUUCGUCUAUAAAAAGUCAUGUUUCUUCCUACCAUUCUCUCCAGUUCUUGUGAUCCAGAAGGUUUAAUCAGGGUUUAAACCAGCUCCAAUCUUCAUCUUCAACCUCAAGUUUUGCGAAUAAGAAACCCUAAAUCUUCUUCACAACCCUGAUUGUUGUUCUUGUUUUUCUUUUUGAUUUGUUCCUCCGUUUAGGGUUUUCGAUUUCCUUUUCGAAGAGCAAUUUCGUUUUCUUGUUCUUCGUCAGAUGCUUGAAUUGAUUGAAAGUUUCAUAGGAUUCCCUGCUGAAGACUACUUUGCUGAUGUAUCAUUAAUUUGAAUGCAACAAUGGUUUAUUGGAUUUUUCAUAUGAGGUGAAGUGAUAUGAGUAUUGAAUAUGAGCGAUGGAGGUGGGGAGAAUGGGAGAAAGCAUGACCAACCACACCCUAAGAGAAAAUUUGGUGGAAAUGAUUUUGUCCUUGCCAUUUCAAAGAUUGCUGUAGCACAAAUAUGUGAGAAUGUGGGGUUUCAGACUUUUCAGCAGUCUGCUCUGGAAGCACUAUCUGACAUUGCCGUGAGGUACAUAGAAAAUAUAGGAAAGUCUGCACUUUUCCAUGCAAGUUUAGCGGGUAGAGCAGAGGGUAAUGUGUUUGACAUUAUUCAAGGGUUGGAAGAGUUGGGAUCUGGUCUGGGGUUUGCAGGUGCUUCUGAUGUUGAUCAUUGUCUUGCCAAUUCUGGCAUUGUACGGGAAAUUAUCCAGUAUGUUGCUGAUUCUGAGGAUAUCCCAUUUGCCCAUUCUCUUCCUCAUUUUCCAGUUGUCAAAAACUGUAAGCCAGCCCCAAGUUUUCUUCAAACAGGAGCAGAGCCUCCUGGUGAGCAUGUCCCGCCUUGGCUGCCUACCUUCCCUGAUCCAGAGACUUAUGCUCAGUUGUCCUUGGGGAAUGAGAAAACAACUGUUUCUAACAUGGAGAGUGUUGAACCAGCUAAGCACAAAACGAGGACAGAUAGAUCUUUGUUGAAUUUGCAGCAGCGUUUUGCUUGCGAUGGAUUUGAAGGACCUUCCUCAGGUGAUGGUGGAGAUGCUGUUAGAGCAAGGAAGGCGGUAGAGAGCAAUCCUUAUCUUGCUGCACCUCUGCAUUUUGGGGAGAAGGAAGUGUCUCCUGUUGCUCUUCCUGCUAAACUUUCAAAUGAAGGUAUUGUGAGAAAUAUUGUUGUGGAAAAUAAUCAUGCUGUAGGAAAUCCUGUUUCAGUGCUGGAGACAUUUGCUCCUGCUAUUGAAGCGAUGAAUAGCAGGAAAUGUGAUUCUGAGGAUGGGCUGAAUACAGCACUUCUUAAUCAGAGGCCUAGUGUGCAUUUUAAGAUUGGCAUUGGAAAGAAGUCCUUAGGUGCAGAACUAGAUUUGAGCUUGCAAAGAAAUGGUAGUGAGAAAAUUUCUCCUUGGUUUGGAAAUGAUAAUGAGAAGGAUGACAAGAAAAGGAGGGCGGAAUGUAUUCUGAAAGGGUCUAUAGAGAACGCAGGGGAACUGGCUUAGUUGUAAGAUAGGUUUGUUUGAUCAUCAUUUGUAUACUUUCUAGGAAACUGACUGGCAGGAGAUGCUGGCUGCAGGAUUGUCAAGGUCGGUGGUGUAGUCUUCUCUGUAUAUGGCCACCCCCUAGAGUGGAUAAUGCAAAUGCAAACUUCCACAGGGAAGUAUCCUGUUAAAUGGGUUCUUUGAGGUAUGUGCAUGUCAUUGCGAUGAUAGCCGCUGUUCUGUGGAUGAUUCUUUUUAAAUGAAAUUCUUGUUUCCUAUUUUAUGAUGUUAAAGUGAUGGAUGCAUGGAUUUCUCUAGUUUUGGUACAGUAUGGUCUUUUUCUGUCCAUAUGUAUACUAUGCUCACUUGUUGAAGCUCUGUACCAUGUUGUAUUAUUUCUGGUUAUAAAUGAAGGCAGGUCAAUUUUUCAUUAUUGUUGACUCUUCGUUAUGUAAUGAGAGUGAGAUUGGAGUCCAGGAUUGGGGGAUUG